GCCCCUUCCAACUGAACAAAGAGCAGGAGUCAGUUCCAGAAAGGGAAACACCCCCUUGCUGCUUCAGGCGGGGCAUAGUUUGAAUUCAGGAAUUUGAAACAAAGCCUGUUACAAACUGCCCAGAGGGAGCCAUGGCUGCAGAGAACCCCAUGGAAAGUCUCCAGAAGGAAGCAACAUGUCCCGUCUGUCUGGAGUAUUUCGCAGAACCUGUCACUCUGGAGUGUGGGCACAAUUUCUGCCGAGCCUGCAUCGCCCAGUGCUGGGAGGGAUCCGAUACAGCCGCCUUCUGCCCUCAGUGCAGACAAACUGUGCAACAGAGAAACCUCCGGCCCAACGGGCAGCUGGCAAACAUGGUAGAAAUCGCCAAGCGACUGAGUUUACAGGCAGCAAAGGGAACAGGAGGGGACGGGGUUUGUGGGAAACACCAGGAGGCUCUGAAACUGUUCUGUGAAGAGGAUCAAACCCCCAUCUGUGUGGUGUGCGACAGAUCCCAGGCUCACCGCACUCACAUGGUGGUUCCCAUCCAGGAGGCUGCCCAGGAGUACAAGCCAAAAAUCCAGACCCAAUUGAAGACUCUGAGGAAAGAGCGAGAAAAGCUGCUGGGAUUGAAAGUGACCGGAGAGGGGGAAAGCCAGGAGUAUCUGAAACAAACACAAACCGAGAGGCAGAAGAUUAUGUCUGAAUUUCAGCAACUGCGGCAGUUCCUGAAGGAACAAGAGCGCCUCCUGCUGGCCCAACUGGAGAAGCUGGACGAGGAGAUAGUGAGGAUCCGGAAUGAAAAUGUCAGUAAACUCUCCGAGCAGAUUUCACAUCUCAGUGAGCUGAUCAGUGAGCUGGAGGGAAAGUGUCAGAAGCCAGCGAGUGAAUUCCUGCAGAAUGUCAGAAGCACCUUGAGCAGGUGUAAGAAGAGGAAGUUGCAGCAGCCAGAGGAGAUUUCUCCUGAACUGGAAGAGCGAGUCAGUGGUUUCUCCCAGAAAACUAUUGCGCUACUGGAGGCCCUGAGGAAGUUCAAAGACACUCUGCUGUCUGCACUGGAGAGAAAAAGAGGGGAACCACUCGGAGCACAUAGACAGGCGAAUGUGACUCUGGAUCCAGACACGGCUCAUCCCAUCCUCGUCCUGUCUGAGGAUCGGAAAAGUGUGAGAUGGGGAGACGCACGACAGCGACUGCCCAACAACCCUGAGAGAUUUGACACUUGGCCCUGUGUGCUGGGCUGUGAGGGAUUCACCUCGGGGAGACAUUGCUGGGAGGUGGAGGUGGGGGAUGGGCCAUACUGGGCUGUGGGGGUGGCCAGAGAGUCUGUGGGGAGGAAGGGAAGGAUCAGCCCUAGCCCUGAGGAGGGGAUCUGGGCUGUGGAGCGAUGGGGGGGUCACUUCUGGGAUCUCGGCUCCCCUGUGACCCCCCUGCCCCUGAGCCGGGCCCCCAGCAGGAUCCGGGUUUGUCUGGACUGUGAGCGGGGGCAGGUGACAUUUAUCGAUGCUGGUGACGAGGCCCCGAUCUUCACUUUCCCGCCAGGCUCCGUCCCUGGGGGGAGAAUCCAACCCUGGCUCUGGGUGGGGGGAUCCGAGCUCAGCCUGUGUCCCUGAGACACACAGGGGAGGGGAAAUAUCUCACUGGGAGCCCGGAGAUCAGCCUCUCUAGCCUCACACACCGUUGUCUCUGUGACCUCUCCCUGUGGACUUUCUAUCAUCCCGUCUCUAUGACCCUGGAGGCUGCUGCGUGGUAGAGAAGCCAAUCCCAUCACUGCCCCAGGGACUGUGCAGCCUGUUUGCCACUGUUCUCUAGAGCCAGGAGAACUCUGGGGAUCCUGGGUCAGACAGUGCCACUGAGACAUGGGAGCGAAGAGCAUACUGGGAAUGGAAAAAUGGGUUUCUCUAGCCAAGUAAUCCUAUCCUCUAUGGCCUGGAUGACUCCUGUCUACCCUACCUCUGGCCUCUUAGCUCUAUGGCCCUUCGAAGCUCCUCCCUCUGCCCCCCCACCCCAACAGCUCCAAGUAUGGGAGGAGAAAAGGGGACUUGGAGCAGAUGUGGGGGCUACAGAGUCAUAACUGGUGGAGGGGCUGGGGGCAGAAUUGAUUUGAGGUUGUGGGGCAGUAUUAAUGUGGGGCUGGGAACAGGCAUAUCGGGGGGGGGUGGGCAGGGACACAGAAUUAGUUAAUUGGGAUUUGGCAUUUUGGGAAGAAGCUGGAAGCUCCGCACCAGCCGGGAGCCUGGGAGAAGGAGACCCAGGGACUGUGGAGUGUGCAUUCAUCUCAAUAACCAGUUGAAAUGAGUGACUAGCGUAGAUACUUCCUAGGUCGAUAAAAGAUAUUUUACCAUCAAUGUAGUAAAUCCACCUCCAGAAGACACAGUAGUUAGAGCAACAAAGAAUUCUUCCCUUGACUUAUCUGCGUCUACAUCAGGUGUUAGAUUGACCUAACUACAUCAUAUGUGGUGUGAAAGUUUUCACAGCUCUAAGUGAUGUAGCUAGGCUGACCUACCAGAUCUCAGGAAGAAUAUAGCUACUACAGCAGAGCUACAGCUGUGUCACUGUAGUGCCAUAGUGCAGAUGCAUCCGGAAGUGUUUUUUCCAUCGCUCUAGUUUAUCCCCCUUUCUCAGAGGCUGUAGCAAGGUCACCAGCAGAAUUUCAUGGUUUGCAACGGGGGUUAGGUCGAUCUAGCUGUGGCACUCAGAGCACACGAAGUUUCACAGCCCUGAAUAACAUUCCCAGGUUGAUCUAAGUGUUAAGUGUAGAGCAGGCCUAAGAGGGCUUUCCCUGGAGCUGGCUGAAAACACAGGGGCUGAGGGACUGGCUGGCAGCUUGGUGUGCGUGAGGCAGAAAGCCAAGAGAACCAGUCCUGAGGGUGAUCCCAGCAGGAAACUGAGUGAUAGAGCUUGCUUCAGGCACAGGGUUCCCCAGAGAGGCAGACAUGGAGUUCUGAGUAAAGAAACUGCUGGCUGCUGUUUGUUUGUACUGUGUUCAGCACACAGGAAUGUGUGGAUAUUGUUUGUAAAUAAUAAAGA